GGCGUAUUGAAGCAUUUCACCAUUUAUGUGACUGUCUUUAACUUGAACCUCAAAUUUGUGACUACAGGGAGCAGUGAGUAGCCCUUCGCUGGGUGUGGCCAAGUGUCUCAUUCAGAGAUGCCAGUUGCAUCUCUCCCAUUGCAUGCCUUGGAGAGACACUAAUUGAUCAAGUUUUCUCCCUCCUGUGUACCGAUUCUAGCUGCAACCUCCUCAAGACGCCAUCCCAAAAGGCCACUACCAAUCAAUGGCAAUUGGCAUGUGAGAUGGAAAUUAUUCACCACCCCAUGCAGGCUUCUUGCCAUAGGUCAGCUAUUCUUCCUGCAGCUAAAGUGCAUUGUGUGAAACAUGGAGGAUGUGAAUCAGUCAGUGGCUCCAGACUUCAUUCUGGUGGGCCUCUUCAGUCACUCAGGAUCACGCCAGCUCCUCUUCUCCCUGGUGGCUGCCAUGUUUGUCAUAGGCCUCCUGGGCAACACCGCUCUUUUCUUCUUGAUCCAUGUGGACUCCCGGCUCCACACACCCAUGUACUUCCUGCUCAGCCAGCUCUCCCUGUUUGAUGUUGGCAUCCUCAUGGUCACCAUCCCCAAGAUGGCAUCAGACUUUAUGCGGGGGGAAGAUGGCAUCUCUUAUGGAGGUUGUGCAGCUCAAAUAUUCUUCCUGACAUUGAUGGGUGUGGCUGAGGGCGUCCUAUUGGCCCUCAUGUCUUAUGAUCGUUAUGUUGCUGUGUGCCUGCCCCUGCAGUAUGCAGUACUUAUGAGACGCCAGGUGUGUCUGCUGAUGGUGGGUGCCUCCUGGGUGGCAGGUGUGCUCAACGCCUCCAUCCAGACCUCCAUCACCAUGCACUUCCCCUACUGUGCCUCCCGUACUGUGGAGCACUUCUUCUGUGAGGUGCCAGCCCUGCUGAAGCUCUCCUGUGCAGACACCUCUGCCUACGAGUUGGCGCUAUCCACCUCGGGGGUGCUGAUUCUAAUGCUCCCUCUUUCCCUCAUUGCAACCUCCUACCGCCACGUGUUGCAGGCUGUUCUAAGCCUGUGCUCAGAGGAGGCCAGACACAAGGCUGUCACCACCUGCUCUUCACACAUCACGGCAGUGGGGCUCUUUUACGGUGCAGCCAUGUUCAUGUACAUGGUGCCUGGCGCCUACCACGGUCCACAGCAGGAUAACGUGGUUUCCCUCUUCUAUAGCCUUGUCACCCCUACACUCAAUCCCCUUAUCUACAGUCUGAGGAACCGGGAGGUUCGGAUGGCUUUGGUCAAAGUGCUUAGCAGGGCUGGACUCAGGCAAAUGUGUUGACUACGUAAAAACUGCUGGUGAAGAUUCCAGCAGUCCUCGAUCCCACACACCUUCCCAAAGUGGGUGGCUGGGACUGAGGACUGUCAAUUGUCAAUCUGUGCAACUGGCCAAAUAUCCAGUCAUUGCACAAAGUGCAACUUUUUGAGACAAUGUCUGCCUUUUAAAUUGUGGCAGAAUACACAUAACAUAAAAUCAACCACUUUUAAGUGUACAAUUCAGACGUAAGUGCUUAUGUCUAAGGCUAAGUGUCUGUCCAGUUCCUGCUCAUGACAAGCUAGGUUCAUGUUUUCCCUCAUGGACUUGUGGUGAGCAAUGGUGAUCAUCCCAAUCACAUUCAGCAUAUUUUUCUCUCUCUCUCUUUUCUUUUUGUAACAGAGUCUCACUUCGCGGUCC